AACUCAGUGGAUGUUCUGCUGACAAAUCUCAUCAAGGGAAAUCUGCUUCCCUCUGCUCUCCUCUGGAUAACUACCCGACCUGCAGCAGCCAAUAAGAUCCCUUCAGGGUGUGUUGACCAGGUGACAGAGGUACGAGGGUUCAAUGACCCACAGAAGGAGGAGUACUUCAGGAAGAGAUUCAGUGAUGAGGACCUGGCCAGCAGAAUCAUCUCACACAUAAAGACAUCAAGGAGCCUCCACAUCAUGUGCCACAUUCCAGUCUUCUGUUGAUUUCUGCUAUAGUCCUUGAAUACAUGCUGAAACACAAGAGAGAAGAGAUGCCCAAGACUCUGACUGAGAUGUACACACACCUUGUGAUGUUUUAUACCAAACAGAAGAAUGAAAAGUAUCUUGGGAAAGAAGAGACAGGUCCACACUGGAAUAAAGAGAGCAUUCUGUCACUGGGAAAACUGGCUUUUCAGCAGCUUGUGAAGGGCAAUCUGAUUUUCUAUGAAGAAGACCUGAAAGAGGCUGGCAUUGAUGUCAAUGAAGCCUCAGUGUACUCAGGAUUGUGCACACAGCUCUUUAAAGAGGAAUGUGGGCUGUACCAGGACAAGGUGUACUGCUUUGUUCAUCUGAGCAUUCAGGAGUUUCUGGCUGCUGUAUAUGUGUUCCUCUCAUUCAUCAACAACAAUGAGAAUGUAAUGGACAAACUGAGAACGACGUCCAGGAGCUUUUCUGUGAGGAUCAAACAAAGGCGUAAAGUUACUUUCUACAAGAGUGCUGUGGAUAAAGCUUUACAAAGUGAGACAGGAAACCUGGACCUUUUCCUCCGCUUCCUUCUGGGCCUCUCACUGGAGUCCAAUCAGAAGCACUUACGAGGUCUACUAACAAUGACAAGAAGUAGCUCACAGAGCCAUGAAGAAACAGUCAAGUACAUCAAGGAGAAGAUCAGGGAGAAUCCCUCUCCAGAGAGGAGCAUCAAUCUGUUCCACUGUCUGAAUGAACUGAAGGACCAUUCUCUAGUGGAGGAGAUCCAAAGCUACCUGAGAUCAGGAAGUCUCUCAAAACCCAACCUGUCACCUGGACAGUGGUCAGCUCUGGUCUUUGUGUUACUGACUUCAGAAAAGGAGCUGGAUGUGUUUGACCUGAAGAAAUACUCCAGAUCAGAGGAAGGUCUUCUGAGGCUGCUGCCAGUGGUCAAAGCCUCCAGAGCUGUUCUGCUGUCAGGCUGUGGAGUCACAGAGGAAGGCUGUGCUUCUCUGGUCUCAGCGCUGAGGUCAAACCCCUCACACCUGAGAGAGCUGGAUCUGAGUAACAAUGACCUGAAGGAUUCAGGAGUGAAGCUGCUCUCUGCUGGACUGGGGAAUCCCCACUGUAAACUGGAGACUCUGAGGCUGUCAGGCUGUCUAGUCACAGAGGAAGGCUGUGCUUCUCUGGUCUCAGCUCUGAGGUCAAACCCCUCACACCUGAGAGAGCUGGACCUGAGCUACAAUCACCCAGGAGACUCAGGAGUCAGACUGCUCUCUGCUGGACUGGAGGAUCCACACUGCAGACUGGAGAAACUCAAUGUGGAACAUGGUGGAGAGAACAGAAUGAAUCCUGGACUUAGAAAAUAUGUCUGUGAUCUCACACUGGACCUAAACACAGUAAACAGACGCCUCUCUCUGUCUGAGGAGAACAGAAAGGUGACAUGGAGGAGAGAGGAGCAGCCGUAUCCUGAUCACCCAGAGAGAUUUGAGGACUGUGGACAGGUUCUGUGUAGAGAGGGUCUGACUGGGCGCUGUUACUGGGAGGCAGAGUGGAGUGGGAUAGAGGCUGAUAUAGGAGUGACAUAUAAAGGAAGCAGCAGGAGAGGAGAGUUUAAGGAAUGUUGUCUUGGAUGCAAUGACAAGUCCUGGAGUCUGUUCUGCUCUGACAACAGUUACUCUGCCUGGCACAAUAAUAAACCCACUACCAUAGACGUCCCCUCCUCCAGCUCCCACAGAGUAGGAGUGUAUCUGGACUGGCCAGCCGGCACUCUGUCCUUCUAUAGAGCCUCCUCUGACACACUGACCCACCUGAUCACAUUCACCUCCACAUUCACUGAACCCCUCUAUCCAGGGUUUUGGGUUUGUUAUGCCUCCUCAGUGUCCCUGAAAUAAUAACAUGACACACAGACACACACACACACACUGGACUCUCUCACACACACACACACACACACACACACUGGACUCUCACACACACACACACACACACACACACACACACACA